AUGGCAUUUGGUCUGCGGAACUCCGGAGCUACAUACCAAAGGAUGGUGAACAAGCUGUUUAAAGGAUUGCUCGGAUCGACUAUGGAAGCAUAUGUGGAUGACAUGCUCAUCAAGAGUCGACUGAAGGAAACUCAUCCUACCGAUCUUGCCCGGGCAUUCAAGAUUUUGAAAAAAUCGAAUGGCUUUGAGUGGACGCCGGCGUGUCAAUCGGCUUUUGAAGAUUUGAAGGUGUACUUGAGCUCCGCACCAGUCCUCUCGAAGCCAGAGAAAGAUGAGGUCUUGUUCGUUUAUUUGGCUGUGUCCGACCGAGCGUUCGCGAUUGAGUAUAAGCCCCGUCCUGCCAUCAAGGGUCAAGCAUUGUUUGAUUUCAUUGUCGAGUGCACCGCACGCGACCCAGAACCCGACCGACCGACUGCACUGGAAGAAUCGUGGUGGGAAGUUUCUACUGAUGGGUCGUCAAGCAAGAAGGCGUGGUGGGAAGUUUCUACUGAUGGGUCGUCAAGCAAGAAGGGAUGUGGGGGAGUUUCUACUGAUGGGUCGUCAAGCAAGAAGGGAUGUGGGGGUGGAAUUGUGCUCACCUCCCCUGAGGGCUUCAAGAUUUAUCAAGCCUUGAUUUUCGAAUUCCAACCUACCAACAACGAAGCAGAAUACGAGGCGCUCAUCGGCGGGUUACGACUGGCUAAGCAGAUGAAGGCCGAAUGGUUAAGGGCACGAUCAGACUCCCGGUUGAUAAUCGGACAGCUAUCCAGCACGAUCGAUGCAAAGGAAGACCGGAUGAUACAGUACAAGGAUAUUGCGCUCGAACUAUUACAACAAUUCAAAAAAUACAAGCUGAUCCAAAUACCAAGGAUGGAGAACACGGACGCUGACAUGCUCUCCAAGUUGACUCAAGAAGCUCCUGAAUACGUGUCUAAGAUCGCACGCAUUGAAGAAAUCGGAGCGCCAAGCAUUGACGUCAUAGAGGUCCGACCGGUCGAGAUAGGCGAGCCAGACUGGAUGUACGACUUGAAGAAUUACAUCGCCAACGGCACUCUACCUGACGACUCCUCCCGGGCAAAGAAAGUUAAGUUGAGGGCACCGCGCUUCCAAUUGGUCGAUGAUAGACUCUACAAAAGAUCAUUUGGUGGACCGCUUCUUCGGUGCUUAACCAGCGACGAGGCGAAAAUUGUGAUGGAAGAAGUUCAUGAGGGGAUCUGUUCUGCCCAUCAAGGACCGAGAACAAUCGCGCAAAAGAUAAUUCUGAUGGGUUACUACUGGCCUUCGAUCAACUUGGAUUGCGAGCAGUAUGUUCGACGAUGCGCCACUUGCCAAGAAUUUCACAAGUUAUCCGGUCGACCAGCCACCUACUAUCAACCCGUCAGCGAAGUAAUACCAUUUGCGAGGUGGGGAGUGGACCUGAUCGGAGCAUUCCCAAUGGCAGCUGGACGCAAAAAGUAUGUGAUCGUGGCGACCGACUACUUCACCAAGUGGGUGGAAGCAAAGGCGUUGGCAACUAUCACUUCUCACUAG